GCCCUGUAGAGCCAUGUAAGUAGCCCAUCCUUGCAGCUCCUCAUACUGAAUCACCCUUGGGUCUUGUUCCCUACAGAAUGGGUCUGUUCCUACCUCUGGUCCUCUGCACCUUGGCUGCAUGCUGCACAGCUAGAUCUGUGCCCCUGACGGAACCCAGCUCCUUCUCUCUCCUCUCCCGUGCCUGCAAUGACUCAGAUGUGCUGGCUGCGGCGGGCUCUGCCCUGCAGGACAUCAACAGUGACCGAAAGGAAGGAUAUAUACUGAAUCUCAACCGAGUGCGCGAUGCCCGAGAACACAGACAGGAUGGUGUGGGAUCUCUGUUCUAUCUCACAUUGGACGUGUUAGAGACUGACUGCCAUGUGCUCAGCAGGAAGGCAUCGAAGGACUGUGGUGUGAAACAGCUUCAUGAAUCGGUUUAUGGUGAAUGCAAGGCAAUAUUUUACAUUAACUAUCCAAAAAGAGUUCUCUAUUCACCUGCUUAUAACUGUACUCUUCGCCCAGUUUCUCGGAGAAAGAUUAGCUCUAUGUGUCCUGACUGCCCAGUCCCCAGUGAGUUGUCAGAUCCCAAAGUUCUGGAAGUUGUUCAUGAAUCUCUCGCAAAAUUCAACAAUGAGAGCGUCUCAAAGCAGUAUUCUCUCUUCAAAGUCACCAAGGCAUCUAUGCAGUGGGUCUUUGGCUUCCACCGCUUUGUGGAAUAUUUAAUCAAAGAGUCACCAUGCACUAAAUCCCAGGCCAGCAGCUGUGCACUUCAGCCCCUUGACUCUGCGCCUGUUGCUCUUUGCCAAGGUUCUCUGUUUGACAAUAGACCAGUAAGGAGUGUCUCUGUGAAGUGUAACUUCUUUGAAUCACAGGCUCCAACCCCUGGGGAUAAAAAUUCUACUGCUAACCAGGAACCUGUGAACCUCCUUAAGGUGGAAAAGCCCCAGGAGAAAAAUGCAGAACCCACUUACUCACCCUCCAGACCUGUGCCAAGAGGGUCUGUCCAGUACCUUCCUGAACUGGAUGAUAAGAAGCCUGAAGAGUCCCAGGAAAAGGGUCCUGUUGAGGCCUUCCCUGUGCAGCUGGAUCUAACCACAAAUCCCCAGGGAGAAACCCUCGAUGUUUCCUUCCUAUUCCUGGAGCCUAUGAGUACGAAGCUGGUUGUCCUGCCUUUCCCGCCCAAAGAGCAGCACUCUGCUCAGUGCCCAGGACCAGCCCACCAGGGCAACUCGCUUGUUCUCCCACCAUGAGAACCACAUGGAGAAUUCCACAUGGAUGCGGCACCCGGCGGGAGAUGAGAGGUCAUGGGGAAGGGAGACGGAGAGACAAAGAGUUUGAAUGUAGACAGUGGCUAAUAAAGUGUGUGGUUUUGAUUCUU